GCGUUGCUUCGCCAUACGAUAUACACAAGGCGCACUUUGUGCGCUUUCUGUACGUCCUAGUCUGUGUUAUUUUUAGGGGACAAAACACGAAGCGGAAGAUAAGCGCAUCUCCUACGCUCGAUAUCGCGCAUCAGAAGAGAGCUCCAAUAACGUCGUGUUUCGUAGCGUAUUUCACAGCUGCCGGUGCUUGAUUGAGUCAGUUGCGACGAACUGUUAUCGAACGCUAUGGCAAACGCGGAAACCAUCCAGGUCAGCUCGCUGCCACUGCCCCCCGCGCAGUACAUCAACCUGUACACGGAUGAAAACAUACGCAAAAACCGUGCCCCGAAACCUCCGGCCCCGAUCCAGGAUGCGUACACAAUGUUCGGCAGUCCGUUCAGCAACGACGAUAACAUAAUCCGCCCGCUCGAAAGUCAAGGCUUCAAACGGCUCUACCCGCAACACUUCGACCGACGGAAGGAAUUGAAAAAGCUAAACCACUCGCUGCUGGUCAACUUUCUCGAUCUGAUCGAUCUGCUGGUACACUAUCCGGACAGUCCCAGGCGGGCAGAAAAGAUUGAAGAUCUGAGCCUGCUGUUCGUGCACAUUCACCACCUGCUGAACGAAUUCCGGCCGCACCAGGCCCGCGAAACGUUGCGCGUCAUGAUGGAGCUGCAAAAGCGGCAGCGGAUAGAGACGGCCCAACGGUUCCAGAAUCACCUGGAGAAGGUGCGCGAGAUGGUGAAGAAUGCGUUCGCUUCCCUGCCCGAUCUGACGGACGUGGACCGGCUUGCUGGCGGGUUGGAACCGAUGGAUGUGGGCGAGGCGGGCGAUCUUGCCGGAGGCCGGGGCGAAGGUUGCCAUCCGCUGGACCGGUUAAUGUGUGAUCUUGUGGAUCGAAUGUGAAGAGCCGGCAGCGUUGCGGCCGAUCGAGCAUAUUGUAGCGAAGCAUGUGCGAAGCGGAUGUGAACGAUGGUAUACGGCGGUUAGCUUGAUCGCCGAUUUUGUUUUGUAUUCAUAAUUCUCUGGAAAUUUAAUGAAGCUAAGAAGGGAAUAAAAUGCGGAUAAGAGAAAAUAUAGUAAAUUAUUUCUUAAAACGGAA